AUGGACUUGAAUCAACCGGUCGCGACUCCGCCUGCAGGACAUGUCUCCAACUUCGACCAUCCUCAGAACGAGGCUGCGCUUGCAUAUACGACGCUCGCGCUUUCGCUCGCGACUGUCACGCUUUUCUGUUGGUUCCGAUUCUUGGUCAAACACUACAUCAUGGGAAAGCUGUAUCUGGAAGACUACUUGAUACCUCCAGCUUGGAUCGCUGCCAUUGUUCAUAUCGCAUGCGGCUUCCAGAUCAAUCAAUUCGCGCCCAUUAUCCACAGCUGGGAUAUGACCAUGCUCACAUUCGGCAAAUACCUCAUGUGGUAUCGCAUAUCGUCCAUUUUCUACAACAUCGCCAUCGUCCUCAUCAAAGUGGCUAUGUUGAUACAGGUCCUCCGGAUCUUCGUUCCACGCGGUUCUCAAUCGAAGACCUACUACGUUGUCCACGGCCUGAUAUGGAUGAACGUGCUGUACUACAGCAUCAUCGUCUUCCUCAUGCUGUUCAACUGCCAGCCCAUCCAGAAAGCUUGGAAGCCGUGGCUCCCAGGGAAAUGCAUGCAGAUCGGCAUCAUCGCUAUGUCUACCGCUGUUGUUAACCUAAUCGGCGACCUAUCAAUUCUCUUCUUGACCCAGAAGGUAAUCUGGAACCUGAUGCGCGUGGAGCGCAGACAGCGGCUGAAGCUCUCCAUCGUUUUCCUCGCCGGCAUCGUCCCCUGCGGCUUCGCCGUAAUGUGUCUCUACUAUAACGACAAGCAAAUGCACUCGACCGACUUCACCCGCGACUCCAUGUACAUGUCCAUCGCCUGCUACGGCGAGAUCGCCUCCGGCAUGUUCGUCCUCUUCCUGCCCGUCGUUCCUAAGUUCUUCACGCACCUCAAGACGGCGUCGUCUUUCUCCCGUCUUUCCACUAAGCGCACGCUCGCGUCGUCGGAUGGCGGAAACAUUGCGAGUAGGGGUGGAGGGGUUGCCAAGAAGAAGAGUCUGUUCCACAUUAGCUAUACGCAGAAGGAGAGCGAUGAAAAGUUGGUGGUUAAUGUGACGAGUACGGUCAGUGUGAGGACUGAGAUGGCGAGUGGGGUGGGAGUCGGGGCGGGAGUGAGCUUGAGAUGGUGA